UGAACUCACGCUAUGAUGAAUACAUGGGAAAAAAUAACGAGUCUCUUUAGAAAAAAAUAAACUAGUGUGAGUGACUCGGGAUCUCGUUAGGUUUUUGAUGCUUCCUUUUCUGUGCGGGGGCCGCGGUUCGGUAUCUUCAGGAUUUAUGGAAUAUUCGUGAUUUUACAGUGUUUUGGUCCGAAAAAAUAAGUGCUUUCCUUUAGCUUGGCAACUGUUAACACGAUGUGCUAAUUGUUUUCAAACGAUUCAUUUAUUAAUGAACUCUACAUCUCACGAGGAAAUGAUUCCGAAUAAAGUGCUAUCGUUCUUCAUUGCGUUGCGGUUAGCUUCCGUUUACCUGGUUAGAACUUGGUACGUUCCGGACGAAUAUUGGCAAAGCCUGGAAGUUGCCCAUCGGAUCGCUUUUGGAUAUGGUCAUUUAACCUGGGAAUGGACGCAAGGCAUCCGCAGUUAUCUUUAUCCUUCGUUGAUUGCUGGCUUAUACAAGUUGCUUGCCUUAGUUCAGUAUGAUCAAGUGGAACUGCUUGUAUUGCUACCACGCAUAUUGCAAGCCCUGAUUUCUGCAUACUCUGACUACCGAUUUUAUCAAUGGUCCAACAAAAGCAAAUGGUCUAUUUUUGUUCUGGCAUCAUCAUGGUUCUGGUUCUAUACAGCAUCGAGAACGUUGGCCAACACUUUGGAAACUUCAUUGACUGUUAUAGCGCUGAGUCAAUUUCCUUGGGAAUCUUCCGAAUGCACAAAAUUUUUAUGGCCAGUUAUGCUUUCAAUUUUCAUCAGACCAACGUCAGUCAUUCCUUGGAUUCCUCUAUGUUUUUAUCAUUUAAAAAAAUCAGCCCACCCAGUAUGGGAAUUGUUAUUGAAGCGCUAUUUGCCAAUAGGAAUUGCCAUCGGCAUCCUUUCAAUAGCUGUCGAUACUUUCCAUCACGGUAGUCUUCUUACUUCACCGUAUGAAUUCCUGCGCUACAAUGUUUUCAAGGGAAUCGGAAGUUUCUACGGCGAACAUCCGUGGUACUGGUAUUUCAAUGUUGGGCUACCAACGAUUCUUGGUAUUGGAACACUGCCAUUUUUGCUGUCUACCGUUGAAACUCUGCGAAACCGUAAUGUGUUCAAAGAGAAGUUUAUUUUAUUAACCGCCAUUCUUUUCACUGUCAUCGUAUAUUCUGCCCUGCCGCAUAAAGAAUUUAGAUUUUUGCUUCAAAUUCUUCCAAUUUGUUUGUACUUAUCAGCCGAUUAUCUGUCACGAUGGAGUAGAAAAGCAUCGGGGAAACUCGUUUGGCUAGCAGCUAUUGUUCUUUUGACACUGAAUGUCAUACCAGCAGGAUACCUGAGCCAUACUCAUCAACGCGGUACAAUCGACGUUAUGUCAUCGCUGCAAACAAUAGCAAAGGAAUAUCGUGACGAGUACAAUCAACCGGCAAAAUUAAUUUUCCUCAUGCCAUGCCAUUCAACGCCGUUUCACAGCCACGUGCAUCAGAAUAUCACAAUGCGCUUCCUACACUGUGAGCCUAAUCUUACCAAUGAUGAAAAUUAUCUAGACGAAGCUGCAACUUUCUACAAAGAUCCAAUGGGUUGGAUUCGUAAAAACCUCCCGGUUCAUCCAAGAAGUGCCUUACCGUCCCACGUUAUUGCUUUCGACAGUCUUGAACCGAAAAUUAAGGAUUUUCUCUCCAUAUACGAGAAAAAGGAAACGUUCUUCCACUCAGACUACACUACCGAUAGAAUUGGUAGCAACGUAGUGAUCUACGAACGUUUUGAUCCCAGCCGUGUGACCACAACUCAAGAACCAACUCCUCAGGAUAACGAAGAAAUCCAACCGAAUGACGAAGGCGAACCUUGAAGCUAAUUAUCGCUUCCGUGUGUUUCUUCUUUGCUUUUUCUUUAGUAAGUAAUGAUCCUCCGCAGGAAACUGUUUUAAGUUUUAAUAAAGCAGGUUAGUUUGGUGUUUUCUUUUACAAUUCGGUAGCAAUAACUAACAGUGACGAAAAGGUUUGCAAUUGAAAUCAAUAUAUAAAUGUUUAUUUUUUACAUUAUAGAUUAAAAACUAAGCUUACAUCUCCGUUCUUAAAAAAUUCAUUAAACCGUACCCUAGUGACUGCCAACCGAUCAGGAUGAAUUGUAGUGUUUGUUUUUUUUUCUGGCUAUUCAAAAAUAGUAAUUAUUACUAAGGUUGUGGAGUAAAUCCUGAUUUUCAAUGACAACGUUUACCAUUUUUUCGAAUAAAGUGUUCAUAUUUGAAAA